AAAAACUACCUCUAUAGGAGCGUGACAGCAGCGAGCCCUGGCUUCCCGGCGGCUCAGGACGAGGGCAGAUCUGGUUCUGGUGCAGGCGGUUCACAUUCGCUCCCUGCCACCGCCCGCGGCUCCGUGCCGCCAAGUUUUCAUUUUCCACCUUCUCCGCGUCCACCCCCCAGCCCCUGGCCGAGAGAAGGAUCUUACCGUCCCGGAUUGCUGGAAACACCGAAAGGUGGUUUUUGUUUUUAAAACUCCUGUUUCUGGGGAGGGGGUGUGGCGGGGCAGGAUGAGCAACUCCGUUCCUCUGCUCUGUUUCUGGAGCCUUUGCUGUUGCUUUGCUGCUGGGAGCCCCACACCUUUUGGUCCAGAGGGACUGCUGGAAGAUGAGCUCCACAAACCCAAAGCUAUACAGACUGAGGUCAAACCCUCUGUGAGGUUUAACCUCCGCACCUCCAAGGACCCAGAGCAUGAAGGAUGCUACCUCUCCCUCGGUCACAGCCAGCCCUUAGAAGACUGCGGUUUCAACAUGACAGCUAAAACCUUUUUCAUCAUUCACGGAUGGACGAUGAGCGGUAUCUUUGAAAACUGGCUGCAUAAACUCGUGUCAGCCUUGCACACAAGAGAGAAAGAUGCCAACGUAGUUGUGGUUGACUGGCUCCCCCUGGCCCACCAGCUUUACACGGAUGCGGUCAAUAACACCAGGGUGGUGGGACACAGCAUUGCCAGGAUGCUCGACUGGCUGCAGGAGAAAGAUGAUUUUUCUCUCGGGAAUGUCCACUUGAUCGGCUACAGCCUUGGAGCGCAUGUGGCUGGGUAUGCUGGCAACUUCGUGAAAGGAACGGUGGGCCGAAUCACAGGUUUGGAUCCUGCCGGGCCCAUGUUUGAAGGGGCUGACAUCCACAAGAGGCUCUCUCCUGACGAUGCAGAUUUUGUGGAUGUCCUCCACACCUACACGCGUUCCUUCGGCUUGAGCAUUGGUAUUCAGAUGCCUGUGGGCCACAUUGACAUCUACCCCAAUGGGGGUGACUUCCAGCCAGGCUGUGGACUCAACGAUGUCUUGGGAUCAAUUGCAUAUGGAACAAUCACAGAGGUGGUAAAAUGUGAGCAUGAGCGGGCCGUCCACCUCUUUGUUGACUCUCUGGUGAAUCAAGACAAGCCGAGCUUUGCCUUCCAGUGCACUGACUCCAAUCGCUUCAAGAAGGGGAUCUGUCUGAGCUGCCGCAAGAACCGUUGUAAUAGCAUUGGCUACAAUGCCAAGAAAAUGAGGAACAAGAGGAACAGCAAAAUGUAUCUAAAAACACGGGCAGGCAUGCCUUUCAAAGUUUACCAUUAUCAGAUGAAAAUCCAUGUCUUCAGUUACAAGAACAUGGGAGAAAUUGAGCCCACCUUUUAUGUUACCCUUUAUGGCACUAAUGCAGAUUCCCAGACUCUGCCACUGGAAAUAGUGGAGCGGAUCGAGCAGAAUGCCACCAAUACCUUCCUGGUCUACACCGAGGAGGACUUGGGAGACCUCUUGAAAAUCCAGCUCACCUGGGAGGGGGCCUCUCAGUCUUGGUACAACCUGUGGAAGGAGCUUCGUAGCUACCUGUCUCAACCCCGCAACCCCGGACGGGAGCUGAAUAUCAGGCGCAUCCGGGUGAAGUCUGGGGAAACCCAGCGGAAACUGACAUUUUGUGCAGAAGACCCUGAGAACACCAGCAUAUCCCCAGGCCGGGAGCUCUGGUUUUCCAAGUGUCGGGAUGGCUGGAGGAUGAAAAAUGAAACCAGUCCCACUGUGGAGCUUCCCUGAGAGUACCCUGGCAAGUCUUGCCAGCAAGGCUGGAAGACUGCCUGCUAUCCAAGCACAUGGAGGAGAGUUACUGCUGAGGACCCACCAAUGGGAGGAUUCUUCUCAGCCUUGACCCUGGAGCUCCGGGAACAACUGGUCUCCUGUGAUGGCCGGGAUUCCUCGUGGGAGGGGACUGUACGCUGCUAUAGCUCUUGCUGCCUCUCUUGAAUAGCUCUAACUCCAAACCUCUGUCCAUACCUCCAGACCACCAAGUCCAGAUUUACGUGUAAGCAGCUGGGUGCCCGGGGCCUCCCGUGCACACUGGAUUGGUUUCUCAGUUGCUGGGCGAGCCUGUAGUCUGCCUGACAAGGAAUGCUGGCUCCGAAGAGGCCCUGUGUAGAAGGCUGUCAGCUGCUCAGCCUGCCUUGAGCCUUAGUGAGAAGUCCUUCCAAUGGGAGCUGACUCUUGUCAGAAUGGCAGGUCUGGUAUCUUGUUCAGACCCUGACUGUUGGGGUUCUCAUGGGUUGCACUGACCACACUGGUUACAUCUUAGCCAUUCCGUCCUGCUCCCCAGCUCGCUCUCUGAAGCACACAUAAUUGGCUUUCUUAUUUUUCUGUUGUUCA